AUGGUGAAGCUCUUCUGCGCGAUCGUUGGUGCGGCGGGCAGUGCGUUUCCUGUGGACAUUGACGCGGGUCAGUCGGUGGGAGACCUGAAGAAGGCGAUCAAGGCGGAGAAUCCAGCGACUAUCACGUGCGACGCCAAGGACCUGCAGCUUUCCCUGGCGAAGACGGCGGACGGCGCGUGGCUCUCAUCGAAGGACCCUGAUACACUGCUGAACGUGGAAAUGGACCCAGCAGAUGAGAUUGGCGACGUGUUUGAAGGUGCUCCAACGAAGAAGACGAUUCACGUGCUGGUGGUUGCAGAUCGGGAGUGCCUUGAAGUCCAGGACGCUGAAAUUGCACCGCACCCGAGUCGCAAGAGACGAUGGGACAAGUUGAACGAGGUUCUUGAUAAGAACAAGAAAGCGAAGAAGGGUGCCGGCUCCGCGGGUUUCUCGUACGUGUCGUUCCCGGAGAUUGACAGCAUCAUGCCAGCGACCAAGUAUCGACCAUCGUCAAAGCUUAUCCCUGACGAAAAGCUUGAUGCGCUGCAUAGAUACUUUCCUAUCUUGAUCAAGGCUUUUGGAGAUAUCAUUACUGGCAAAGAAGCAAAGCGACUGCACUUCAUCGUGCCCGUGCUUGCAAGUGUCUGUGCGCUGUUCGAUGGAGGCGUCCAAAUCCUGGCCGAAGAAACCGUGAUUGGGAAACGUGUUCACGGAGACGUAGCCUUUGAGUUCGUGCUUAAGCGCGGCGAGAAACGAGUUUGCAUUGUGGAAGCGAAACGUGACGAUAUCCAGCAGGGUCUUGCUCAAGCUUACGUGGGAAGUGAAGCACUUGCGGAUGUAGAAGGACUGCCGAAAGUGUACAGCAUUGUCACGAACUUCUUGGAAUGGGUCUUCUCGAGAAGUCUGGAUGAAAAAAUUGAGCGUGCGACACCCGUGAUGAUGGUGAUGGAGAAUGACGUUCCUGCACCUGAAUCAGUGAAGCAGAUUGCGGGCAUGAUUUACUCCAUCCUGUCGGAAGACAACUAG